ACCCCUGUUUUAAGGACUACACUAAGGAGAGCAACUUUGUGUGAAACCUUCUCGCCUUGUCUCCUCUCCGCUGUUGUGUCGCCUCAGUCUGCCAAACAAUACAGCAUUUAACUGAUGUGAACUUUGGCUGCAAUGGUAAAGGUGAACUUCAAAUGCAUGGGGUAACUUGAAAUUGCAUCAUCAUGACUGCAUUUUCAGUCGAACAGGUGAGCGAUGCAUCACAGGGGAAAGAAUUUGGAUGGGGAAGAGAUUCGGCAUGACAGUUGUCUAAAUCCAACAAGUUAUCUGGCUAACCCAGAAAUCUUGCUUUCCAACUUGCUGUACUGGAAAUCAGUUAACUCGGGUGUGACAUCAUUCCCAGCUCUGACUUCCGAGGUAAAUGGAAUGCAUGCGGCCCAGCGCUAAGGCCACACCCCCACAGGAUGACACGCAGCCCUAUAAACAAAACCUGCGGCAGGUCUCCCUCACACACUCCCCCAGACAACAUCCACAUGGAAAUGGAGAGCCAGGCCAUACAGAAUGGGCGCAGCCGGGAGCCACUGGUCGAAGAACAAACAGGUGACAUUGGUUGCUGUGGGUGGGUCCUGGUGAUCUUUUCUGUUAUUUUUAUGCUGUUCACUCUCCCAGUCUCCAUCUUUCUUUGUCUAAAGAUUGUCCAAGAGUAUGAACGUGCCGUUAUAUUCAGGCUGGGUCGCAUUACAGACAAGAAGGCCAAGGGUCCAGGUGAGAGGGGCUGGGAGGGGACAGGUCAAGGGACUCUGCUUUUCUCCAUGGGAUCAAUGCCUGUGUCCGUCCGUCCGUCCAUCCAUACACACACACAGUCUAACUUGGAUGAGGCAACAGACUCCUGGGGCAUCAAGGUGGAGAGAGUGGAGAUCAAGGAUGUGAAGCUGCCGCAGCAGCUGCAGAGGGCCAUGGCGGCCGAGGCGGAGGCCACGCGGGAGGCCAGGGCCAAGGUGAUUGCGGCAGAGGGUGAGAUGAACGCUUCACGGGCGCUGAAGGAGGCCUCACUGGUUAUUGCUGAGUCACCAUCUGCGCUGCAGCUGCGCUACCUGCAAACUCUCAACACCAUCGCUGCAGAGAAGAACUCCACCAUCGUCUUCCCCCUGCCCAUGGAUUUCAUGGCUCACUUCAUAGGCAAGAAAUGAGCACGCCCCUCUGCUUCACCAGCAAAUCAGGAACAGGAAGUCCAUCUGGAUUUGACCAAUCACCAUCAAGUUUAAUGAAUUUGAUCUGUGGACGUUUUCUGCCUGCAAGACUUUGGUUAUUUAUAUAGUGACAUAGUUAUCUAGACUAGAUCUUUAAUGGAUCUUGGUAUUUGUUGUGAUUUACGACAAAACUGAAAAUGAUUUUAACGAUGAAUUUGUAACGUAUAUGUCCUUAUGCUGCCCUGCAGAUGAGAAACCACUGUGAAUGUUAAUUUGCUCUUUAUGUCAAAUGAUAUAGUUUUAAGCAUUUUUACUUGUUUUAAUUAAUUUAAAAUGUUGGUAAAUGGGAAUUAAGCCUGUCUUAUAUACCACUGAAAAUUUAUAUCCAAAGAGAUAACUGGCAUGGUUGGAAAAAGAAUGUAAUAAAUGUACACUAUAACUAUGCAUGACAAAGUGCAUCUGAUUCUAAGCCAACAUUUUAAUAUAAUUUAUAUAAUUAUAUAAUUCAUUUUACACAAUUAAGUGAGCUGAAGGUGAGAUUUAAUAAAUACACGGAGCGGCUAGAUAUCAGUUACUUUUUGGAGAACAGAAGAAAAAAGAUAUGACAAUCUGAAUAUACAUUAUAAUAUUUUUUAUU